AGCCUGAGCCCACAAGCCGGCCAGCCCGGCGGAGGGAUGGGCAGCGCGCUCUGAAGUUUGCGACCGCCGCAGCCAACUCCUGGCGGGAGCCGGGACCCAGUGAGCGAGCAGCCGGCCUCAAAUCCCCACAGCUGGAGGGCGAGGCCCGCUGUCCCCCGCCCGAGACCCCUUCCGGGGCCACAGGAGUGUGUCCUCCAGGCCUGGUGCUCCCGCGCCUGAGAGGGGUUCAUGGAGCUGGGGCUGUGGCUCCUUUUCGGAUUCACAGUGACCUCCGCCGCAGGAUUGGUGCCUGCUGGCAGGACUGGCAUCCCCCAGGCCCCUCCUGCAUCCAGAUCGGAGGGGGACAUCGAGGAGACCGUGGCCAUGACCACGGCGUGGGAUCCAAGUCGCGGUGACCCUGGGCAGGAGCAGGAACCAGGUUGGUCUGGGGAACAGGAGGCCCGGGGGGGCCCCAUGCAUCGCCGAGCCAGACGCUGCACGUGUUUUACCUACAAGGACAAGGAGUGUGUCUACUAUUGCCACCUGGACAUCAUCUGGAUCAACACCCCUGAACAAACUGUGCCCUAUGGACUGUCCGGCUACAGAGGAAGGGUCCGCAGCAGGAGGUCCGCAUGGCCAUUUCCACGGAGCCCACGGCCCUCGGAGUGGACACAGCGCUGCGCUUGUGCAGCGAGCCACGACCUGGCCUGCACGCACUUCUGCACCCAGACCCUGGCCAUCAGCAGGAGCUCGGGGGCUGCAGAAACACGGGACCUGGAAGGGGCGGUGCCAGUCCGAGGGCCGGGCAGAGGCCCGCGUGCGAGGAGGUUGAAAUCCGGGACAGACAGCUCGAGUCACCUCUAGACCUCCACCACCGAAGGCUGGCCCAGAAGGGGACCCCGCCUCCGUCUGCCACUCCGCCCACCGCCUGGGGGCUUCUGGGAGAACAGGCCUGCCGCCCUGCCCAAGAAGGCCUCUGCUCUUGGUCCUGCUCCUCACGUGUCCACCUCUCGGAGGACAAAGGAUGAGUUCUGCCUGGGGGAGGAACCCUACCCCCAGGGUCCUCACCUAACAACACACCCCCGCCCCAAGAAUGCCCCAUCCCGAUGGCCCAAGGUUCCCUAACGGGGACAGUGACCCCAGAUGUGCCCUGGGGCCUGACCCCCUUGGCUUGGCUUUCAGGCAGGAGGCUGGUCUAGGAGAGGUACGGCACUUUGGGAAAGCUACUUGCCGGCUUUGGACUCGCCUCUUCUUGGAGAGGCUGCGAACUCCAAGCGAGCCCCGCAGCCAUAAACACGUGGCCCUGCCGUAGCUGCCGCUCGGGCCCUGGCGUAGAGGAGGGCAGGCGGCAGUGCUGGGGCCAGGCAGCCGGCGGUUGUGGGGGACAUCGUGAGUUGGAGGCUUCUAGGAUUUAGACAGAAGUGUUCAGCUGUGUUUGGUACCCACCAAAAGAAUGUAUCUCAAAGGGGGAAAAAAAAAGCAAGAAGGAAAAGGAAAGCAAAACCUUCACGUUUGUGAGAACAGAGAGCACGAGUAGAGAUGGGGUUUGAACUUGAGCCGACCAACGCCGCCCACCACGGCCCGUUGGCAGGCAGCCUCGGGACAGGCAGCCCCAGCUGAAGGCCAGCCUGGAUCUGUUUUCACGAACGAUACGCCGCAAACGCAAACUCUUUGUAAAUUAUGUAAAUUUCUAUUUAUCUGGGUAAUUGGGAGCGACCACCGGGGACCGCGACCCCUGCCGAGCCCCGGGUUCCCAUCGCAGGUGGUUGCACCUUGCCAGCCUUGACCACGUCCGAGUCCGGGAUGUGGGUGUGAGGUCACCGUGGGGGACAGGCCACCUGCCUCCACCACAGCAGACGUGAGGACCGGCUUUGGGGCUGUGCGGAGGUCAUGGCAGGGGGAAAUUUAAGGUGGCGAAUGGCAGGGCUCUGGCCAUGACCGGGUGUUCUGUUCUCUGAGUUCCUCCUCAGUGACUGCAGGUACCAACUCGAGUGUCCCGAACCAACCCCGAAACCGGAGGGACCGGCUGGCUGCCCGGCUCCUGUAGCGUUUAGAGGGGCCAUUAUUUAUUGUGCAACUGUUCUCUACUCCGGCGGCUUUGCGAGGCUCUGCUAACCAGUCCAGCUGCACUAGGUAGAGAGAGUUUAAACCGUGCUCCGAAUCCAAGCUCAUAUUCCUUAGAGUUCAAAUGACUUUUGUAAGGCACAUACUCAUUGUCUGGCUUGGUGGCAACACACUUGGUGCGAGAAACCCGUGCAUUGUGCCGAUACUCACAAAAUACUGCCACGCACAUAAUAAAAAAGCUCAGCGUUUGCUCUG